AGACUUACCUGUGCAGCUUCAUGAAAACCGAAUAAAUCAUGAAAAACAAAGAAACAUUCAGCAAUGAAGAUUUUUCUCCAGAAUGCAGAGAUCAAUCUCAGAGAUCAAGCCCACCAGAGCCCAGUUGUGUGUCCAUGAGGAGUAACCAGUCAUUAGAGAUACCACCACAACUGAAGGGAAGACGCACAUCAACUGAUCUGAGUCCACGAUCAAACCCACCAGAGCCCAGCUGUGUGUCCAUGAGGAGUGACCAGUCAUUAGAGAUUCCACUACAACUGAAGGGAAGACGCACAUCAACUGAUCUGAGUCCACGAUCAAACCCACCAGAGCCCAGCUGUGUGUCCAUGAGGAGUGACCAGUCAUUAGAGAUUCCACUACAACUGAAGGGAAGACGCACAUCAACUGAUCUGAGUCAGAGUUCAAAGCCACCAGAGCCCAAGAGUGACCAGUCUGUGGACAAACCAGCACAAUUUAAGGGAAAACACACAGCUGAUCUGAGCAAUAACUCUCAACUGAUCCACAGCACAUUUAAAUCAGAUCUGCUGGAGAAGUUUCAGUGUCUGUAUGAAGGAACAGCAAAGCAGGGAACCCCAACACUCCUGAAUGACAUCUACACUGAGCUCUACAUCACAGAGAGUGAUAGUGGAGAGAUCAAUAAUGAGCAUGAGGUGAGACAGAUUGAGAUACAGUCCAGGAGAGCAGCAACAGAGGACACACCGAUCAAAUGCAGUGACAUCUUUAGACCUUUACCUGGACAAGACAAACCCAUCAGAACUGUGCUGACAAAGGGAGUCGCUGGCAUUGGAAAAACAGUCUCUGUGCAGAAGUUCAUCCUGGACUGGGCUGAAGGAAAAGAGAAUCAGGACGUCCAGCACAUAUUUCCACUUCCUUUCAGAGAGCUCAACCUGAUGAAGGACAAAACACUCAGUCUUUCAGAUCUUCUUCAUGUCUUUUUCUCUGAAACCAAAGAAUUGGAAAUAUCCAGUGAUGAAUAUAAAGUGUUGUUCAUCUUUGAUGGUCUGGAUGAGUGUCGCCUGUCUCUGAACUUUAAGAGUGAAGGGAAACUGUGUGAUGUAUCUGAAUCAGCCUCAGUGGACGAGCUGCUGACGAACCUCAUUGUGGGAAAUCUGCUUCCGUCUGCUCUCAUCUGGAUCACCUCCAGACCAGCAGCAGCGGAUCUCGUCCCCUCUAAGUGUGUCCAUCGAGUGACUGAGGUACGAGGCUUCAAUGACCCACAGAAGGAGGAAUACUUUAAGAAGAGAAUCAGUGAUCAGAGUCUGGCCAGUACAAUCUUCACACACCUGAAGUCAUCGAGGUCACUCCACAUCAUGUGCCACAUCCCAGUCUUCUGCUGGAUCUCAGCCACUGUCCUAGAGAAGAUGUUGAGUCAAGCUGAGACUGGAAUGAUUCCCAAGACUCUCACUCAAAUGUACACACACUUCCUGAUCCUUCAGACCAACAUCAAACAUGAGAAGGACUAUGAGAAGAAAGUGAAAGAUGAAGACCUGAUCCUCAAACUGGGGAAACUGGCUUUUCAGCAGCUUGUGAAAGGCAACCUGAUCUUCUAUGAGGAAGACCUGAGCGAGUGUGGCAUUGAUGUGGCAGAAGCAUCAGUUUACUCAGGAUUGUGCACUCAGAUCUUCAGAGAGGAGUUGGGCUUGAAUCAGGGGAAAGUCUUCUGCUUUACUCAUCUGAGCAUCCAGGAACAUCUAGCAGCUCUAUAUGCACAUCUCUCCUUUACAAAGAAGAACAGAAAUGUGUUUGGAAAAAACAAACAAGGUUCUUUUUCUAAAGUAAAUUUGAUGAAGUCAGUGUCUAAGCUGCAUCACAAAGUUGUGGAUGAGGCUUUACAGAGUAAGAAUGGACAACUGGACCUUUUUCUGCGUUUCCUUCUGGGUCUCUCACUGGAGUCCAAUCAGACUCUUUUACGAGAACUACUGACAAAGACAGGAAUCUGCUCCUACAACAAAAAGGAAACAGUUCAGUACAUCAAACAGAAGAUCGGGGAGAAUCCCUCUCCGGAGAGAUCCAUCAAUCUCUUCCACUGUCUGAAUGAACUGGGCGAUGAUUCACUGGUGCAGGAGAUCCAAGACUAUCUAAGAACUGGAAAACUUAGACAAACUAAACUCUCCUCUUUACAGUGGUCAGCUAUGGUUUAUAUGUUACUGACAUCAGAGCAGAAGAUGGAUGUUUUUACUCUAAAACCAUUCAUUGGAACACAAAAUACAGCAGAUGAAGUUCUUCAGAAGCUGCUGCCACUGGUUAAAGAGGCCAGAUCAGUUCAGUUGUGGGAUUGUGGAGUCAAAGAUGAGGGUUGUGUUGCUCUGGCUUCAGUUCUCAGUUCAAACCCCUCACACAUGAGAGAACUGAAUCUGUCUGAAAAUAUACUAGGAAACUCAGGAAUGAAGCUGAUCUCUGGUGGAAUAAAGGAUCCUCAAUGUAAACUGGAGAAACUGAAGUUGGUUAAUUGUGGAAUCACAGAUAGAGGUUGUGCUGAUCUGACUUCAGCUCUGAAAUCAAAUCCUUCACACCUGAGAGAACUGAAUCUGAUUGGAAAUAAACUUGAAGUGUCAGGAGUGAAUCAGCUCUCAGCUGUACUGAAGGAUCCUGACUGUAAACUGGAGAUACUGAGGUUGAGUUAUUGUGGUGUCACAGAUGUAGGCUGUUCUGGUCUGGCUUCAGCUCUGAGAUCAAACCCCUCACACCUGAGAGAACUGGAUCUGUCUGGAAAUAAACUGGGAGACUCAGGAGUGAAUGCGCUCUCUGAUGUACUGAAGGAUCCUCUUUGUAAACUGGAGAUACUGAGGUUGUGGGAUUGUGGAGUCAAAGAUGAGGGUUGUGUUGCUCUGGCUUCAGUUCUCAGUUCAAACCCCUCACACAUGAGAGAACUGAAUCUGUCUGAAAAUAUACUAGGAAACUCAGGAAUGAAGCUGAUCUCUGGUGGAAUAAAGGAUCCUCAAUGUAAACUGGAGAAACUGAAGUUGGUUAAUUGUGGAAUCACAGAUAGAGGUUGUGCUGAUCUGACUUCAGCUCUGAAAUCAAAUCCUUCACACCUGAGAGAACUGAAUCUGAUUGGAAAUAAACUUGAAGUGUCAGGAGUGAAUCAGCUCUCAGCUGUACUGAAGGAUCCUGACUGUAAACUGGAGAUACUGAGGUUGAGUUAUUGUGGUGUCACAGAUGUAGGCUGUUCUGGUCUGGCUUCAGCUCUGAGAUCAAACCCCUCACACCUGAGAGAACUGGAUCUGUCUGGAAAUAAACUGGGAGACUCAGGAGUGAAUGCGCUCUCUGAUAUACUGAAGGAUCCUCUUUGUAAACUGGAGAUACUGAGGUUGGGUCACUGUGGAGUCACAGAUGAAGGUUGUGCUGCUCUGGCUUCAGCUCUGAGAUCAAACCCCUCACACCUGAGAGAACUGGAUCUAACUGGAUAUAAACUGGAUCAAAGAGGAGUGAACCUGCUGUCUGAUCUGAAGGAUGAUCCUAAAUAUGAACUGGAGAAACUUCUGUUUUAGUUGUUGUUUCUGGAUCAGCUGAUGGUGAAAAAUAGCCACUACAGACACAUCACAAUCAACAGAAUCAACAGACACAAACCCAUAGUGAUCAUCACAGUUUUCACAAUAAUCCAAUUCUUGAUCCAAAAUCAAACCGAGAAAUCUUUUAUUCCUGUUGACAUUUAUACUGGCUCCCCAUUAUCAUAAUAUUGUUUGAAACUAUAUGAGUAUCUUCUGUUCAAACCAUAUAACAAAAGGAU